AUGUCAGCUGGGAAUGGUGGGGGUGGACAGACGCCAGUGCAGGUGGCUGUGAAGUCAGACAGCACAGAGGUUGUGUCUGUAGGCGGGAGAGGCAGGUCUUCCCUGCCUGGGGGCUGUGAGUUAACCUGUCCCCUGGAGCAGGAGGGCGAGAAGGUGGUGCAGGUGACGUGGCUGAAGCAGGGCGCCGGCGGGCAGAACGUGGAGAUGGCCGUGCUGCACUCGGAGUACGGGGAGCACGUCCAGGAGCCCUACGCGGGGCGGGUGCUGCGGCGGGCACCGGGGCCGCUGGAGGACGGCGCCAUCGUGCUGAAGAACGCCGUGCAGGCUGACGAGGGAGCCUACGAAUGCCGCCUCAUCACCUUCCCCUCGGGCAACUUCGAGGGCAGCAUGACGCUCAGCGUGCUGGUGCCCCCACUGCCCACCCUGAACCCCAGCCCCCCACUGGAAGAAGGGCAGGGGAGGACGCUGGCUGCCUCCUGUACAGCCGAGGGCAACCCCAUGCCCACGGUGACUUGGGAGACCUCCUCGCAUCCCCGCUCGGCCUCCGUCACCAGCGAAUUCUUCCUGGUGCCCGGGCGCAGCAUGAACGGCCAGACGCUCACCUGCGUCGUCAGCCACCCGGGGCUGCAGCACGAGAAGAGAAUCACCCACGUGCUGAGUGUCGCCUAUCUCUCGGACGCCUCUGUGCGAGGGCACGAGGAGGAGGAGGACUGGCACGUGGGCAAGGAAGGUGCCUCGCUCAAGUGCCUUGGCGAGGGCAACCCUCUGCCCACCUACAACUGGACCCGGCUCAACGGCCCCAUGCCCGAAGGAGUGAACGUCAAGGGGGCCACCCUCCUCUUCCAGAGACCCCUCACCCCUGACGACACGGGCGUCUAUGUCUGCCAGGUCACCAACACAUUUGCGGCCAAGGAGGUUCGGGCCAGCAUCAGCAUAAAAGAGACCGAGGUGCAGAAGGUGGACGUGGUCUCGGCCUCGAUGGUUGCAGUGGGCGUCAUCGCGGCCGUAUUGCUCUGCCUGCUGGUCCUGGUCAUCGUGGUCAUGACCCUCUACCACCGACGGAAAACCAGGCGCAUCGCCGAGAAAUACGAAGAGGAGCUGACCCUAACGAGGGAGAAUUCCAUCCGGCGCCUCUACUCCAGCCACGGCAGCAACACCCGGAACCAGACAGAGGAAACCCUGCACCUGCGGGAGGACAGCCGGCAGGGCAGCCUGCGGGGGGACAGCCGGCCGGGCAGCCUGCGGGGGGACAGCCUGCGUGGCACCAGCAUCUGCUCCGUCAUGAGCGAGGAGACGGAGGGGCGCAGCUACUCCACCCUGUCGACGGUGCGGGAGAUUGAGACCCAGACGGAGCAGCCCCCGGCCCCGGCGCCCGCCCCCGAGGAGAAGGCGAAGGGGGAAGAUGAGGCAGAGGAGGAGGAGGAGGAGCGGGAGGAGGAAAACACCAUCAAGGCGGCCAUGACCCAUUUUAUGCAGGAGAACGGCACGCUGCGGGCCAAGCCCACCACCAACGGCAUCUACAUCAAUGGGCGGGGACACCUGGUGUGAGCCCGGCCACGGGCACAGACUGGCCUGGUGCCACCCAGUGCCGGCCCCUGGACACAUGGAAGCCCUGUGCAGCCUGCCAGCUCCUCCAGCUGGGACUGACCUGCUGAGCCCUUGUACUUACAGCCGGCCUCGGCUCUGGAUUUCUGGGAGGGCGGAUCCAGUUUACUGUGUUGCCAAAGGGUCUCUGGCCAACUGGGGGUGUCUUACCCGCCCCUUGCUUCCUGCGGCAGCUGCCUCGCUUCUCUGCAUGGGAUGCUUCGUGCCAGGCUGGCCCCAGGGCCCCAUGCUGCUCUGAAGUCAACUCCUCUCUCCAACUCCUGCUGCUGUGGGCGCUGGAGGGUGCAGGAUCUGCCUGUCCUUCCCAUUUCCCGAGCCAGGCCUAGCUGGGAAACAGCGCAGACCGUGUGGGGGGGCUGACUGGGGGUAACAACUGUGGGGGGGCAGAGAUGGGGAGGGCACUUCACCCUGCCUCCUGUAGGGGGCGACGUCAGCGCCAUUGCCUCUAGCCCAGGUGGUGCUCGGUGUGGGAGUGGGACUGUGGAGUCUGUCAGUGCAGCCAGCAGGGAUAACAAGCAGCAGCCUGUGAGCUCCCUGGGGCCGGUCUGAUGCCAGUCCUGGGAUGUCACCGUGCCCUGCGGCGCCCACCUGUGGCCGCGGGCACACUGGCAUGACGGGCAAGUGAGCGUGGAAACACCCCAACGGGGGCACUUCGGGGGUCGGAAUUGGCACCACCUGCCGGUUAGAGGAGUGCGAGCUCCUGCCUCCACCCCACACACUCAGCCUGGUCCAUGGGGCUCGGCCUCUGGGCAAGACGAGGCGUGGCACCCCUGCAGCCGGGCUGUGAUGAACAUGACUGUGGAGGAGGGUCUGGACCAGCGCCGCUGGGCACAGACAGCUCCUGUGCUUUUCUCGGCUCUCCAGUUCCCAGCCUGCUGCGGUCGCUGGAGACUGGUGCCCCCUGGCCUCACGGGCCCCCCAGCACUCCAGGGCCCAGCCCUGGGAGCUAAUCCGGGCCCCGCCAGGGUUGAGGAGCACAGCCUGGGUGGUUUAAUGGAGGUCAAACUCCUCUGGACAUGGAGCUGACUCGGAACCUGGGCAGGGGGCUUCCCCCUGCCCCACCUGACUGUAAUGCACAAGUAUUUAAAAGGCCUGGUUUGUUACUAAAAGGGGCAGCCAUGUCCUGAGCCCCAGGCCCCACUGCUGAGCUGGGGCUUGGCGUGCCCGGGCAGUCACGAGCCAGGAUGGGGCGGGGCACCUGCAGCGCUAACAGCACGCGCACGAACUAAAGGCCCAAGUCCCCUGGGCAGCCGCACAAGCCGCGUCAGAUGCGGCACGGCCCCGCAGCUGGGUGCGAGCGCCACUUGCUGGGUUACACAGCUGGGCUGGCUUUGUUGGUUUCUCUCCUUGGAGCCCGGCCGGUCUGAAUCUCGGCCCAGCAUAUUCUCCCAACCCCGGGUCACAAGGCCCGGUGGCAAGAUCAUCAUGGCCCCUGGACACACUCUCCUCUGUGCCCUUCACCCCAGAGCCACUGGGGUCGGAUCCUGAGGGCUGCUCCUGCCAGAAAUGGCCUCGUUCCCGCUGCGGUAGGGGUCGGUUUUCAAGCCCAACACACCAGGGUGACGUUUCUGCAGGCAGGGGGUGGGGGGUAGAGUUGGCCGUUUAUAUAAUUCCUUAACAGAACAGCGGCUCGGACCGGCUGCCGGGCCAGUCCCCUCCAUGGAGUCAGUGGCAAACCUCUCCUGGACGUAGGGCCCCCUGCCCCGUCUGGUCAUUGGCAAAGGGGCUGGCAAUCCCCACGGGACGCUGGCACUGGUGUGCUUGGGAGGCCGGCUCACGGCACCAAGCCCGGUGGGGCCGACCGGAGCCUGUCCACUGACACCCUCCCUCGGGGCUUUGCCCCAUGGCCAAUAUUUUGGGGAGGGCCCCUCCAGAGCUGACCCCCCCUUCUCCCCCAGACGGCGGGAGAGCACAUCUGGCCCGGAGGCGGAGCUGGGCUCAGUGUCCGAACCCCCCAGCGGCGUGAAGUCCACGGAGGGGCGGUUUGGAUCCAGAUCCCUGGGGUGAACCUGGAUUCAGACUAACACAGUUUGGUCCGGCCCGGAGAGCAGUGCUGCUACCCCCUGGUGGUGAUAUUUAUAAUGUAUUAUGUAUGGUUUAUUUCUAUGUUUUGCUGCCUCUCCAUGGGCUGUUCUCAGGGCAAAGACGUAGGGUGGGAGGGUCUAAGACAAGGCAUCAGCCUAACCUGGCUCUGAAGUAAACCCCCCUUUGGCUCCAGCAGGAGUGCAGUUAGGCCAAGCCUAAGGAGCCCAGCCAUGGCCUCCAAGAAAGCCCUGCUGGCUAAUCACAGUCACAGCAUUAGAAGGGCUUGGGAUGCGGCCAAUGCUCUCGAUCUGUCAGUGGGCAGAGGGGCUUGGGCCGUGCCCUGGGGUAGCUAAGAGAGAUGGGAAACUGGCGGAGCAGGGUCUUUUCCACACUGUAGAAAGGGAGGGUUUGCUGCCUUGGCUCAGACGCCUGAUCCAUCUCAUCUGGUCUCCUCGCCCCUGUGAGAUUGGCUCGGAGCAGAGGGUCUUCUGGGUCCCAAGCCAAGUCACUUCCUCCAAUGGCCAAGACCUGAUCCAUCAGCUAAAGACCAGAUGUGCGUAGAUGGCUGGCCAGAUGUCCAGACUCCUGCAGCUGCCUCUGGUGCAGAGCGUGAGAUUGGUUCUUACCCUCAGAUUGCCUUGGGGAAGAAAUUUAAAUUAGGAUUUUAUAAAAAAUCCCAAAGGCGCAGUCUGAAAUUUGGAUUCCGGUCUCCAAAGCCACUAGCAGCAGAGAUGCCCAGACAAACAGACUGGCUGAGAGAGGUGGCAGCUGAGCAUGGUUGUGUCGAGGGGAAGGAACUGCCCAUCUCCUGAGGGCUAUGCCUGGGGAUGGUUUGAUUGUGUUGCGUUUUUGAUUCAGAGGGGCUUGGGGGUAGUCUCUGGAGUUAGCGGAGGGAAUUCCCUGUCCUAUGUAUCUUCUGUAAAUGUCUGUGUAUAUAGCGCUUACUAUGUGUAUAUAGAUGUAAAGAAGACACUGCACACUGGUUUUGUUUUUUGUGAUAUGCACUGUUGGUUUUGUAAAUAAAUUCCCCAUUUGGCACCCUGGGACUUCGGGUUAGUCCCUUUGCUUGUGCCCUCCAGGGUUCCUGGCCUGGAGGCAAAAGCAGCCAAACAGGCAGGAGGGAGCCCGGAAAACCUGAGAGCAAACAGCCCAGAGCCAGAGAGGAAAAAGGGAAUGAAUGUGAACACUUGGCUUCGGUCCACAUGAGCAGUGACUAGCUUUGGUGCCCAUGGCAGGGCUGUGUGUGACUGAGCAGAGGGAGUGAGAGAGACCUGUGAUUUUUGUGUGCACACGUGUGUGCAUGUGAUUGAAUGGUUAUGUGCAUGUGAGUAUAUGCUUGCACUUCUGAUUG